AUGCAUGAAAUUCCUUCGCGUUCCCUCGGUAACGGGGACCUGUUCGCCUUUAUACAGAGAGGAGACCUUGAGCAUUGUAUAGACAUCAUUCAAAAUGACCGCUCGGUCCUUAGACAAAAAGGCUGGGGAGGCUUCACUCCACUGCACUUUGCUGCUCUCCAUGGUAACUUGGCCCUGGUUGACCAUUUCCUCAGCAACGGCGCAGACCCCAAUCUGACUUGCGAUGCGGGACAGUCACCUUUUCACUUUGCAUGCAGGCAAGGCAACAUCAACAUCAUUCAUAAAAUGACACAGCAUGGGGCUGAUUUGCGUGUCAAAGAUUUACACGGAAAGUCCUCUUUGCAUUAUGCGGUGACUGGCGGCAACAUUGUUGCAGUGCACUAUUUGUCAGAGACAAAAAUGUUCUGUUUCAAAGACACAGACAUGCUCCAGGUGACCCCCCUUCACUUGGCCGUGUCUACGGGCAACGCAGAUAUGGUUCGUUACCUCCUCAGAGACCAGCGUUGUGUCGUGGAUGCUGUCGACCAACAGGGUGCAACUGCACUUCAUGUAGCGGCAGAGCACGGAUGCUUGGAGGUUUGCUGGAUUUUGUUGCAAAAAGCUGGGUGCAGGCUCCUUCAUGAGAAAAACCUCAACGGACUCAUGCCACUGGAUCUCAGCAAACAAGGGAAAACUUUUAGGCAUCACCAACUCACCAAACUACUGAACAAGUACAUGAAAAUGCCAAUCCACCACAAGCCAAAAGAGUCUCUUGCUUUGUACUACUGGACACUGUUUUUUCCAAGCCUGUGUGGAACUACCAUUCUGCUGAUGGCAUCCAUGUUGGGUACUUAUGGUGGUCUACUUUGUGGUUUCCUCUUCCCCUGGCUGGCCAGAAGCAUAUUUAUGCAAUCCUACCGAAUGGCCACAUAUCAAAGGUUACCAAACCCAAUCUACUUGGGAACACUCAUCGCUGGAUUGCUUCAUUCGCUGUUCUGCUUUUAUUGGAAAAUAACACCCAAUAUCCUUCUCGACGGUGUCCUGGUCCAGGUGUCAACAUUCCAAUUCUGUAUAGUCCUUAGUUUGUUCUGCAAGGUUCUGACUCAGGAUCCCGGGACACUGGCGUGUGCAGAUGCUGAUCCUCGGUUCUCCUGCAUCGCUGACCUUGUAGAGAAGAACCAGAGCCCUCACCGGUUCUGUCCCUAUUGUGAGUUGUUCCAGCCUGACUACACCAAGCACUGCAAGCUCUGCGAUGUGUGUGUUCAGGACUUCGAUCACCACUGCCUUUUCCUUAACCGGUGCAUUGGUCGAGCUAACCAUCGCCUCUUCCUCUUCUUCAUCAUCUCCAUGGUGACAGGCCACUUCUUGUUUGUCGCCACAGCAACAAGUUACCUGUAUAACAAGUCGUCAGCUAGCAAUUUGUCGUCGUGGCUCAUGUUCCUGGGGGGUGAGUUCUGGGUCACGACGAUGAUUGUUAUGAACGUCAUAACACUCUUGUGGGAGGUGUGGCUGCUGGCAGAGCAGUUUUGUGCCAUUGCCUUAGCAACGACAACUUACUUCAGACACUUGGAAAAUGUUAGGCGACAUAGGUCACUUGGACAACGCUGGGUCACUGUGCUAGCGUUUCUGCUUGAGGGACGGAGACGGUUGGCCACUGGACAUACAAGCAAUAACAAAGUUUCAAUAGACAUUUAA